CUAAUAAUUUCUCCUACGCAUUUAAUUCUCGCCUAAGGUGGUCUAUUGCAACACAGCAACACAACAAUUUAUCUUAAUAGCAACUUAUAGUUAAUAGUGUUGUUCUAUUUGAGUUGACUAUUGUUAAAUUUCAAGCAAGAGAUGAGCUGUGAAGAUGGAGUACCAGAAGAUAAAGAAAUUUAUGAAAUGAAACAAGAGGUUAUACAAGCUUGGGUAAAAGCACUAAUAUUGCCUUUUAAUAUUUUAGCUACACUAAUCGCGUAUGGGGCAUUGCUGGAAACAGGAGAGUUCAUUGAAAGCAGUCAAAUGCUCACAUAUAUUCUCUUUCUGGGAUAUGGUGGACUUAUUCUCGGUUUUUCUGUAGAAACAAUGGUAGUCUUUGGUAUGGCUUAUCGUGACAAAUGUAAAGUUUUUGAACAAAUAUUCUGGUUUAUUUUGGAAGUUGUCCUGGCUGCUGGUGCAUCUGUUGCAUACUUUGUGGGAGAUAACAUGAAUAUCAUGAAUGAUGCUGAAACUAGUAAUGAUAGCGAAGAAGUAGAUCUAACUGUAAUAUCAAUUCUAAUACUCAUUGGUGCAAAGUUAGGAUUCAAAAUUAUUCCACAUUUAGUAAAAUGUGGAAAAAGUUUUAGUAAAGCUACAUGUAUGCACAUGAACAAGACAAAAAUUAAUGAUUCUUACUCUCCUGACAAAAACAAUAAUUCACCAAAUGAAGUACAAUUUUACGAAUCAUUGUUCUAUGCAGUAAUAUUAACCAUGGCUGUUGUUCCAGAGGUUGAUACAACCUAUACCAUACUCUAUAAUCUCGUUAGUCUAACAACCAAUAUGUGUCGCACAAGGAAAUAUAAUGUGCUGUGGGUAAUAUAUGGCGGAAUAAUGUUUAUUGUUAUGCUAGAAAUUAUAUAUGGAGUCUCUGAAGCAUUUAUAAAAGGCAAACAAAGGAAUAAAAAUACCAAGGGCAGGCUAUAUAAUAUUUUUUUAUCUAUUAUAGCAGUGUUAGCAAUAGUAAGCAAUGGGUUUUUCUUUGUUGCUGACAAUGAAUUACCACUAGACUGCACAUCACCUUUCAACAUCAUGACGCAUACAAGGGCUAACUAUAAGCUUAGAGUAGCAUUUUUAACAGUUUCAUUAGCAUUUUCAUUGGUUAUACUAGUCAUUGGAAUAAGUAGCUGGUCAUACUUUCUUUAUCAAUAUUACUUGUACAAAAAAUCAAAACCUGGCCCAAGUAACUCACCUAAAGGAGAAACCGUGGAAUUACAGGGCAAAGUAGCAUUGAAGAAACCAACACAGAAAACUUUGAGCACUCCAAUGUAAGUCUUGUUGACUCAGGUGCUGAAAGACUGUAAUUAAUAGUAAAACUUAUUAUUCCCAAUUUCAUUGCCAAUGAAGUGUCAUGCAUAGCUUAUAUUUUUUACACAAAUUUAGUUUUUGUAGUUACUAGACUAGUUACAUCCUUUAUGGUAUCAUAAUAUUUUGAGUUU